CAUAAUUAUUCAUCUUGCUGUACCUCCAAGCAUGUCUCAUAACCCGAUAUCGUUGAGAGGUUUUGAGUGGCCUACGGGGCUAAUCAACAGCCUGAAGAAGUCGCUGGUUAGCGGAGAAUUUAGUGACGUUCAGUUCAUGGUCGGACGGCAAUUUGGAGAUAGGAAAAUCUUCUCGGCACACAAGUAUGUGCUGUGCCUGCGCAGCUCCGUCUUUCGCGCCAUGUUCUAUGGAGAUUUAGCAGAGAACUGUGAGAAACCGAUCGAUAUUUCGGAUGUUCCCGUGGAAGCUUUCGCCAAUAUGCUAAGUUUUCUGUACACUGACGCUAUGGGUAAGCUGAGCGUGGAAAACGUCAUUGCGACGUGGAUGUGCGCGGACAAAUACGAUCUGCCUGAGCUGGUGGGCAUCUGCUGUGACUUCGUCAGUGCCAAACUGAGCAUCGACAACUGCCUGACUAUCCUGGAGAAUGGAGUUCACUGGCAUGCUGAUGAGAUUGUCAAACGCUGUCUGGAGUUUAUCGACCGAUCCGCUGAAGGCGUGCUGCAGUCCGAACAUUUUGUUGCCAUUGGGCAGAAAACGCUGGUGAUGGUUCUGCAGAGCGAGACGCUGUUCGCCGCUGAGCAUAACAUCUAUCUCGCUGUUGAGAGGUGCGGUUUCUGGCGUGGGCGAUGA